CUCGUUCACGCUCAGUUCAGUCGGUGGCCAACUGUUCGGUUGUGUGGUGGACUCUCUUUUUCGCUCCUCUCUCUCUCUCUCCACUCCCGGGUCAAUUUCCUGCCGAUCCUCUCUGCGUUCACUGGCGGAAAAUCAACGUUUCUCUGCUCCAUUUAUAUACCUGUACACUAUUUAGCAUCGUGACGUCACUUUCGAUUGUGUGCUCCCGCCAUUUUCGAAAAGAAAAGAAAAUUUUUUUUGCUCGCCCUCCCUCCUGAAACGUUCCGCCAUUACAGAGUCCACGCAACUUUUCUCUCGUGUUGAAUCAGAUUUUUUCAAUAAAAGUGACCGCGUGUGGAUAAUUAAAAUUGUGUUGCGAAUCGAAAAAUCGACAGUGUGUUUUUUGUGUGUUUUUCGGGUUGAAAAAUUCUCGUCGUCGUCAUCAUCAGCUGAUCGCCAUUUUGGAGAACCAACAAAUUCCCAGUGAAUAAUUUUUGAGCGGCGCAGAGAGUAUGCCGAGCUCUGGAUUGAUGCAAUUAAGCAACGGGAGCGGCAACAACAGCAACGGAGUCGUCGUAAUCAGCAACAACAACAACAACAGAAUGGACGGAACUCUUAGUCAGAGUAUGGAUUCGGUCAACACGGUAGCCGCAGAAGAAGAGGUGAGGACUUUGUUCGUGAGCGGACUGCCGAUGGACGCCAAGCCGCGUGAAUUGUACCUUCUCUUCCGCGCCUACGACGGAUACGAAAACUCUCAACUCAAAGUCACCAGCAAGAAUGGCAAAACCACUUCGCCGGUUGGAUUUGUCACGUUCGCCACACGAGCCAGCGCCGAAGGAGCCAAGCAAGACUUGCAGGGUGUGCGGUUCGAUCCGGACAUCCCGCAGACGAUCCGGCUGGAAUUUGCCAAGAGCAACACCAAGGUCAGCAAACCCAAACAGCAGAACAGUUCGCCCCCUGCAGCCGCCCCUCACCCCACGUUGCUGCACCCCCUCACCGGCCAGGAUUUGAGCCCGGCCUUUUUUCCGACGGCCUCGGACAUGUGGACGACCCAUCCGGCGUUGGCGUAUUCGGCGGCGGCUGCAGCGGCUGCGGCGGCGGCGGCCGAGCUGCAGGGCCACCAGGGCAGCGCCCACCAGGGAGCGGCGGCGGCGGCGGCGCUGCAACACGCUCACGCUCAUCACGCGGCCGCCAUGGCCUCUGUCCACCCGGCCCUCCACCCGCAGUUGCCCGGAUCGAUGCAGAUGAGUCACGGCGGUCAUCACUUGACGCAACUAAUGGGAUCGACGCCUCAUCACCACCAUCAUCACCACCACCAGCAGAUGGCCCAGGCUGCGGCUGCGGCCGCUGCGGCCGGUGGUUCGCCGGUCGCCGCUCCGGGCGCCGGUGCCGGAGCUUCGACUCCGUCGGCCAUGGGAGGCGGUGCCAACGCUCCUUGCUCGACCCUUUUCGUGGCCAAUCUCGGCCAGUUUGUCUCUGAACAGGAACUCAAGGAACUUUUCGGCAGUUUCCCGGGCUAUUGUCGCCUCCGCAUGCACAACAAGGGCGGGGCUCCUGUGGCCUUUGUCGAGUACGCCGACGUCCGCUGCGCCGCCCAGGCCCUCAUUUCCCUGCAAGGCACGUACUUGCUGUCGUCUGACCGUGGCGGCGUCCGGAUCGAGUACGCCCGCAACAAGAUGGCCGAGACUGGCGGCGCUGGAACGGGCAGCAACAACGGAGGAAGCCCCACCUCGGGCGGAUCCUCGUCCUCGUCGCUCCUCUCGUCGAUGGGAAACGGCCAGCCGCAGGAGCCAAAGUACAACCUGCACCACCAGGCCGAAGUGGAGGCGGCCAAGAUGUCCAACAACCAGGCCAACAUGAACGCCAUGGCCGCCGCCGCUGCCGCCAACUCGGCUCUCUCGCAGGCCGUCCAGGGUGCUCCGCUCCACGCUCUCGGCCUCUACGGCCAUCACAUUUGGCUAGGAAUGCAAGAUUAACGCCGUGGAAUCCGGAUCCAUCCAGCCACGCACAUUCUCUCCGCACACGUGACGCAAAACCGCUACUAACCGACUGCCGGGCUACUCUGCAACAACCAAAUUCUUGGGGCAAAAUAAAACUGUACAAUCUGCAAAUUCAUGACAAAUUCAACAAAAAAGGGAAUCCACCGACCGAUGCUGCCGCGACCUGGUUUUCCGCUCUCUCCCCCGCGGAUGCUGAUGCUGCUGAAGCUGCUGCUGUGGUGGUUACAUAACAUUCUGAAAAAAAAACAAAAAUUUUUGGAUAGGAAGAAGAAGAAUAUGAUGAAAAAGAAAUGAAGGACAUGAUGACAUUCUCCCACUUUAUUUACGUUUAUUGAUCUGUUGUGCUUGUUGUUGGUUUAGAAGAAGAAAAAAGUUCCUUAUAGAGCGGCGAACCCACCCACACACCUGACAUUGUUUGUUUGUUUGUUUGUUUUCUCUUCUCCCCCCUCCGUUUAUCCCAUAAGAAAAUUUUUGGUUUGGAUGAAAAAAUUUGUUCUCGUUUUGAUUUCUCUCUAUUUUGUCUCGUUAUAUAUCAAAUCAAAUUGUUGUGUGUGUGUGUUUGCUAUGUGCAUCCCCCCCCCCUCCAUUGAUUAUUAUUUUUCAACGUUUAGUUUUUGACUUUGGCUUUCGUCUUCAUUCAGCGCGGGGGACGAUUCGUAAAUUUCGAAAAAAUUUCAAAAAAAAAGAUCCUUUUUUUGUUGGUUUAAACUUUUGUUUUUCUCGGGGUGAAAAUUCCUUUUUUUCUCAACUUUCUGCAGUCGACAAAAAUGAACAGAAAGUGGCGUGACAAACUCUGUCGUUUGUAAUUUUUUUUUUUUUUUUUUGGGUUUCGUGUUCAUUUGUGCUCCCCUCAAAAAACGUUCUGACCGCGAAAGCUUAAUGGACAUUGGGCUCCAGCAAUAAUGAGAUAUAUUUAUAGACAGUAGUAAGGGUUACCCCGUAUAGCAACAAUAUUAUAUAUAUAUAUCGCUAUCUAAAUAUAUAUAUAUUUACCGAAUAUAUAUAUGUAUGUAUUGCCAGGCGAAGUGGGUCACUCGAUUUCCCAGGUGGAUUACUCCCCCUCCCUAUGAAUCUUCUUCUUCUCUUUACCCCAGCCCUUCCUCUGCGUCAAGUCGAGUCACGUCACGCCGAGUGCUUGCGUGUGUGUAUGUGUGAAAAAAUGUAUAUGCCGGACAGAGAGUAGAGGGCGUCCUCCAUCAAUGAAAACCAAAAAGGACAAACAUUCUGAAAUAAAAAACAAAAAAAGAAUUGAAGAAGAUUUUAUGUAAUCAUCAGCAAUAGAAAAAGAAAUUUCCCCCGUUUUGUCUGUCUCUCUGCCCCCCAUUUCUUAUUACAUUAUAUCAAAAUAGAUUCCUCGAUUAUGUAUACAUGGUAUGACAUUUCUUAUGUUUUUUGGGGGCUUUUGUUUGUUUGUUUUUGUCUGUUUUGACUUUCUCUCGUUAGCUGCAAUGUGAGGUCGAGUACCCCCAGAAGAAGAAAAAAGGUGAGGGUUACAUAAGAGGGGCGUGGCCCGGCCAGGAAAUAAUGAAAAGGGCCAGGACAUUUGAUUUUGUCGCCUGUUAUUAUUACCUGUUUUUGUUUUUUGAUGGGAAUGAACAAGACAGUAGAGCGUGGGAGAGAGAGACAAGAAGACCGGGGGUGUCGAGUUGGUGUCGUUUUCUCUCCCCUUUUGUGUAUGUGUGUGGUUGCUCCCUCCGUGUGUGUGUGUGUGCCGUGUUGUUAGGUAAUCUCUUUGAAAAAGAUGUGAGCGCAGGUAGAAAAUUGUUCCUUUUUCCGUGUGUGUGUGUGUGUGUUCUUUAUUUUUUUCUUUUUCGCAAUUUGAUACAUACCAGCCCGUUUCGGGUUGUUGGAUUCCGUCCAAACAAAUCUUGUUUUUUUCUUUUUUUUUCUUCUCUUUUUUCGUCGGUUGUUGUCGUUUUUUCGGAGGGGUCUUAUCAAAAAAAGGCUAUAUAGUAACAAUUUCAAAAUUCGACAGUGUUAUAAAAAUCUCUCUCCGCCCUCUCUCUCUCUCUCUCUCUCUCCUUUUUUCUCAAUGUCAUUUGUAAUUAUUAUAAACAACAAUAGCUAAACAUAAAACAAACAAAAAAACACAUGUUCAAUGUCCUAGUUAUUAUUAUAUUAUUUUCUUGUUUGUCUCUCCCCUUCCGCAUUUCCUUACUUAACCCCAAAAAACAUCUCGAUGGUCGUCGACUAUUAUAUCAAGAAAAAAUUAUAUCAUUAUACUAUAUCCCCUUUUAAUUUCUAAUUUCUAAAUUUUUGGAAGGAGAAGAUAUGGGAGGGUACUUUUUUUUAAUUUCCUGUAUUGUUUUUUCUCUUCCCCGUUUUUAUUUCGGUUUGUCUCUCGAGAAAAGAAGAAAACCAAAAUAUUGUGUGUGUGAUGUAUUCCCUCUCUCUCUCUCGCUGCUGGUGUGUCAUCAUUCAUUCAUGUCGGACAAUUGCAAAAGACAAUCUUCUUUUCUCUCUCUCUCUCUCUCUCUUUUCUCUUCUCUGAAUCUUUUAUACGCGUUCUCCGUUUCUCCUUUUCUCUUUGGCGUUUGCUGACCUGCUGGGUCCCCAUCUGUUUACUCCGGUCAGUGUCCACCUUGCAGUGUAGAUUCUCUCGUGUGCAGGAAGGGAGAGGGAAUGUCAUUACACGCUCGAUUAUACGCCGAGUCAAUUUCUAAACAACCCAACCGAUAUCACUCAUGCAGGAGAGACGAACCAACAGUGAGAAAAGGGAAUUUCGAGUGGGCCAAUGGUAGGGGCAGACGAUACAAACCAAAGUUCUGAUUAAAAAUUAAACUUUAGACGACGUGCUCUGUGUGUUGUGUUUUGUAGAUUCCUAAAUAUCAAAUGAUGACGACGAAUGUCUAAUAGGUCGCCGCUCGACGGGGUGGUAGUACAUUUUUAGAGAGAUACCUUUAUAAUAAAUAUACAGAGAGAGUGGCCUUAUCUUAAUAAAACAAAACAAACAAAAGACAAAAAGCUAAAAAGACGAAUUAUUGAUGACACUAUACAACGUCUGUCUGUGAGCGCGGGAGGACAUACAUGAGCUCGACAAAUCUCGACGUAUGACUUUUUGAAAUUCAGGAGGUUCACCCCGCAUAGAAACAACAGCCGAUUUUAUAGUUGGUUUCAGACGAUUCGUAUUUUCUAAAAAUGCACAGAGGAUUGAUGACCCCACUUGUAUUUUAAAAAAUCCGAAUCCUUGAUUGACUCGCUCUCCGCUUUUGUGUGUCUCUCGACUCGACAGAAAACAUGAUUAGAAAACUUUUUGAUUUAAAUUUUCCGAUUGAUUGUCAUUUGAGUUUCCCGCAUUUCUUCAAUUCAAUCAUUGGCUAUUUGUAAUCAUCAUUUGGUUGACGACCGUCGACUUUUUUGUGUUUGAUUUUUCAGUGAAACAUUUUUGGUCUCAUUAUCGUAAUACGCUAUAGAAAUAUCCUUUUCUCCCUAUCUCUCUCUCUCUAGUUUGAUUCGUUAUGUUGUAUUUUGAUUUUAUCAUUAAACCGUGUUGAUUCAAAAGUGCUGCUGCUUCUUUUAUUUUCAUGCUGGGAUUAUUUUGGGUUCUAUUUCGGCGUGUGGAGCGCGAGAUCGUUUUCUUUCUUCUUGCUCCCCAUUUCCGACUUGGUCGUCGCUUGUGGGGGGAGCCGGGCGAGGCAGCAGGAUCGAUCCGUUGCUGGAAGGAUCUCGCGGUCUCUCUCUCGCUCUCUCGGCACACACGGGGGGAUUGAAGUUGAUCUAAUUAUCUCCGUGGCAGAUGAGGCCCUCGCCUCGUCGCCUUUGUUGUUCUUUCGCUAAUUCUUCUAGACCCGCUCCCUCGCCCUCCUGCGGGCCAGCACACAGCAUCCACCAUCCACCAGCCGCAGUCAAAAGAUGAGAGAACUGCUUUUCUUUUCUUUUUU